GGGACACGGGCUCCCGCGCUGGGGCACGCAGAGGGAAGCCUGGGCGGGGGAGUACGGCUCUCUGACCGAGCGCGCCCCAACGGUGCCUCCGUCUUAGGAUUUCCCAGUUGUUUAUUGAUAACUUUUAAAACAGGCGCGUUCAUUCUGAGCCCCAGCCGGGUUUGGAGCAGGGGCACUGAUCGACCAAGCGUGAGCUUUAUUCAGUCCCUCGAGAGUUUGUAGUUCGGGGAGGAGAAGAGCUGAGGAGGAGACACACCCACUAGCCUAAUGGCCGGCAGAGAACGCAGAUUCACAUUUGUUCAGUGGGUGGAGAGUCCACAGUUAGGCGUGGUGUUUACAGAGGCUUGGAAAAGGUGAACUGAAGAAGUCGUCUAGGGGAAGGUAGAGAAGGGAAUACUGUUCCAUCUUUACUUUAAAUGCGUUAUUCAAUCCGGACCUGUCUCACCAUUCAUUGAAACUUGCUUAAUAAUAUCUGGGUAGAAUCGGCGCUUUUUCUGGGUGAGAACUACUUGCUAAGAUCUGUCGCCACAUAGAGGUGGAUUCCACAAUAUAACAAUCUACGUUCGAUCCCUGGAACCCACAUCGCGGAAGGACAGAAUGGCUUUCUGGAAGUUACUUUCUGACCUUCACACUCAAGCUAUGCCAUGCAAGAAGGUUACAGAGAUGGGAUGGAUGCUGGCAAAGCAGUUACUCUUCAACAGGGCUUCAAUCAAGGAUAUAAAGAGGGUGCAGAUGUCGUUAUAAACUAUGGACUACUCAGGGGAACACUGAGUGCUUUGCUUUCCUGGUGUCGCCUUCAUGGUAAUAGUUCGACUUUGAUCAGUAAGAUAGAUAAUCUUCUGGAUGCAGUUGGCCAGUGUGAAGAGUGUAUGCUCAAACAUCUGAAAUCAGUUACAUCCCAGCCACGAGUUACAGAUUUAUUGGACUCCAUUGAGGAUAUGGACCUUUGUCAUGUAGUUCCAGCUGAGAGAAAGGCUGAUGAAGUGAAAGGUGACAAUAAUGCUGAGAUUAACACAGAUUCUGACAAGAGUCCAAACGGGAUGGAUUGUUCACAUCCAGAAUGUUGUAGAACACAAGAGCAUACGCAUUUGGAAAAGCCAAGCCUCACUUGGAUUCUGGAACAGACAUCCAAUUUAGUGAAACAGCUGGGAGUAUCUGUAGACAUACUACAGCACCUGAGACAACUAUGAAAUUAUCUCCCCCUGACUGUAGAAGUAAUGCUGGGGAUAUUAGAGCAUUUUGUUCUAGAUAAGGUAACCGCUGAUUGAACACUUCUCCUGUAAUUACCCUUUGUGGAAGUGCUAAGGGUCUUAAACAUUAACACUAGUAAAUAGAAUGAUUCUUGUCUUUGUCAUUGGUAAACUGUUUAGUUCUAGAUACACUCAGAAGUCCUCAUUGUCAUUUUCAAAUUUCUAAUCAAAAUCAGUCAUUUUUAGACUAGCAAAAGCCAAACAGAAUCGGGUGGUUUAGGACCUCUUCACCAACAAGCAAGCCAGAAUUGCCAGAAAUAACCUGAAGGCUAGCAUAGAUAAGUAGAAGCAGAUCUAUAGAUAGCUAUACAUUAAAGUCAAGAGACUGUAGAAACUGACACAAUAUUUAUAUCAUUGAAUGGAUAAUAAAGUACUAAAACUCACCUUAUUUACGUAUUGAUUAAAGAUGUUCAAUUCCAUGAAAAAUAGAAAAAAAGAUAAAGUUUGAGCUAAACUGUAAAGAAAAGGAACUACUUAGUUUUCUAGGUAAUGAGGACUUGGCAAUAUUUUCUCAAAAUGUAACAAACUAUUUCUGUCUGAACUGCAACUUUGCUUGUUAUUUACAUUGGAAUUUUUAAAAAGGACAAAAAACAUUAUUGCUUUGACAUUCGAUAUAUAAUCUAGCCUAGACCAAAUCACAAUCAGACUUUUGUUCCAUGACCCAGGAACAGGAGAGGAGUUUUUCAUCACUUUUCGCCACCUGAAGUUAAUAUGAAAUGCCUGACUUGAGAGCCACCCAGAUAAUUGUCCCUUACUGACAGCUUCCAUCACUGUCUAACCAGUAUUUAGCUGUCCAUUCAUUAGAGACUGGCUGGAGGACCUUGUAAAGGACUAUAAAACUGUAUUCUGCUAGUUUCUUAGAUCCCUGUUUAAAAUGCACAGAAAUUGGGGCAGCAGAAUUUGAAAUAGUGUUGUAGAUACUAAUGCAUUCUUCAAGUAUCAAAGUAACAUUUGAUGGCUGGGUUUUUAUUUUGAAACUUCGUGGUACUGGGGAUUGAACCUAGGACCUCAUGAACGAUUUCCAUAUUGAAAUCUCAAACCCACAGAAUAUUAAAGUCUUUAAAUUGUCAGUGUUGUUCUACACUCUAUUUUCCAUAGAUAUAACCAUCUCUAACAGUGAUGUCCACUCUAAGAUUUGAGUGUAAUAAAUCUUGAAAUUUUAUCUAGACAUACCCUAAGAUUCCCUAAAUAGUAUAUAAGGUGUUUAUGAUGUUACAAAGAGAUAGGACUUCAUGGGACCAUAUAAUGUCUGAACCUCAUUUUUGGCCAAAAUAGAACUCUGUGGCACAAGACUAUCUGGCAUACCGCUUACUGACUGCUUUCAUGGUAAACCCAGAUAAAGACCAAACUGUGAUUCUCACCCUAUUCAAAGUAAGGUUACAGCUUUUAUUGCUUUGUGUUCUAGUCUAAGACACAGGAGGAAAUAGUUACAUGUAUGUGUGUAUAUAGAUUGGAUGGAGUCUUUGACUUAUUUUUUAUUAUACCCAAAUUUGACCAGUAGAUAAAAUAAACAUAUGCUGUUCAUAAACUGCCA